CUCACUAACCCAAAAGUACAAAAAUUACAAAUCCCAUAAUGCACAAGGAACUUCCGCUUGCGACGCACGUGUUUCCCUUUUUCCUCCAAUCAGGUGAGAACACACUUAUGCGCUACGUUGGACGGGUUUUUCUAAUCUGACGGCUCGAAGAAUAAGGGUUUGCAGACGGACCGUAUGAUGUUCCGGCUACAAGUGUUUCUGAUCGUGAGCCUGGGCGCUGCCUUGGGGGCUGCGGUGGAGGUGCAGCGGCCUCGAGGAGUCCCGCUGGAGAAGCGACACUUUUAUGAUGAGAGCCGGCCCUUCACUUGCCUGGACGGGUCCCGUACCAUUCCCUUCGACCGCGUCAAUGACGACUACUGCGACUGCAAGGACGGCUCCGAUGAACCAGGCACGGCAGCCUGCCCCAACGGCAGCUUCCACUGCACCAACGCCGGCUUCCGGGCCACCUUCAUCCCUUCGUCGCGGAUCAACGACGGUGUCUGCGACUGCUGUGACACGACCGACGAGUACAACAGCGGGGUCUCCUGUCAGAACACCUGCAGGGAGCUGGGCCAAAAGGAGAGGGAGACCCUGGAGAAGAUGGCGGAGAUCACGAGGGAGGGCUUCCUGCUGAAGCGGCAGCUGAUCGAGGAGGCAAAGCAGGGCCUGCAGGAGAAGCAGGGCAAGCUGUCCGAGCUGCAGGCCAGCAGGAAGGAGCAUGAGGAAAAGGUGGACGCACUCCGGACUGUGAAGGAGACCGCAGAGCAGCCGGAGAGAGAGGCGAAAGAGCGCCACCUGAAGGCAUGGGAGGCGCAAAAGGCAGCUCUCCAGCUGGAGAAGGAGAAGGCCAAGAUGGCUGAGGUGUUCCUGGAGCUGGAUGGUGAUGCAGAUGGCCUGGUGUCCGUGUCAGAGCUACAGACCCACCAAGAGCUGGACCCUGAUGGUGAUGGCGCCUUGACCGACACGGAAGCUCAGGGGCUGCUGAGUGGAGCUGACAAGGUGGACUCUGCUGGAUUCCAGAACGUCUGGAGUAACAUCAAGGACAAAUAUGUUUCCGAGUCCCAGCCGGCCCCUCCUCCACCACAAGAGCCCCAGGACUCCGAGGUGGACCAGGACAAGGAUUCCAGCAAGGAUUCCGACAAAGAUGCGGACCAAGCCUAUCCCGAGGAUGACGCUGGGGAUGAAGAGGAUGACGAGGAGGAGGACGAUGAUGACGACGUUCCUGAGGAGUACGACGACAAGGCGCCCCCUGCUGGUCCGCCAGCAGAACACAGCGAUGACAGUGAUGGGGCCAUGCCGUCGUAUGACGAGGAAACGCAGGCGCUGAUCGAUGCUGCUCAGAAAGCGCGGGAUGAGUUUGAUUCAGCAGAGAAAUCCCUCCGUGAAGUUGACGAUCAGAUCAAGAGCCUCGAGAAGGAGAUCUCGUUUGACUUCGGCCCCAGUGCAGAGUUUGCCUACCUCUACAGCCAGUGCUAUGAGCUGACCACCAAUGAAUACAUUUACAGGUUGUGUCCCUUCAACCGCGUGUCCCAGAAGCCUAAAUAUGGUGGAUCGGAAACCAACUUGGGGUCGUGGGGCUCCUGGAACGGACCAGAGGGCAGCAAAUACUCCAUCAUGAAGUAUGACCAUGGGACGGGCUGCUGGCAGGGACCGAACAGGUCCACCACGGUGAAGCUCACGUGCGGGAAGGAGACGGCGGUGCUGUCCACCUCAGAACCCAGCCGCUGUGAGUACCUGAUGGAGUUCUCCACUCCAGCCAUUUGCCAGGAGCCUCCCAGCCUGGAGACGGUCGCCCCGGAGACCGAUCCCCAUGACGAGUUCUAGAACUGCUCCUGAGCCCCCAGGUCUCUGGGACCAGAUCACUACCCUCCUUUCCCAAGACUUCCUGGUACCCCUCUUCUUGAUUAGCACUUAUUUCAUUUGGACCUCAGAAGAAAAUCCUCACUGCUGGGUCUGCACUGUUCUCACUGGUUUUGAGCUGACGGGUCCUUUCCUUGCCCAUCAAGAUACUGCUGUGAAAUACCCCCCCCCCCCAAAAAAAAAGACAACCAGAUGUCUUGCUAAUAAACUAAGUGUCCUGUGUCA